CCAGGACAUUUCAUCACAGCUCUCACUGUCGCGCAUCAACACCGGCUUCUGAGAUCAACAUAUUGAUAACUUUCGUCACCAAGUGGCACGUAGCUCAGGGAGCGCAAUCUUAACUCACGCCAUAUCUAUCCGAUCGGACCUGCAAUAAUCUCAGCUCAUCUUCAGUUCCAGCAUCCACGGUCUACCCCCUGAACCUGCCCCGAUUAGACGAUAACUUCAAACCUCACCCCUCUCUUUCUCAAGUCGCAAUGGCAUGGGAUUCUAAGUCAACAACAGGCCGACGACGAGGCAACAGCGUUGCCUCCAAUACCUCACGCGGCCUUCGCCAAGGACCCAGACCGCCCACCCAGCCCAAGUCCGCUCACGUCGCCGAUCCUUUUCUCCACGACUUCCUCGGUCCAUCCUUCGACGCCGCAGCCUACCUCAACGCCAAACUGCCGCCUCUCCAGACUUCUGCGGGGUCUUCUUCUUCUUCUUCUUCAUCAUCGUUAUUAGCUUCGCAAUCUGCUGUUAACCAAGGCACCACAACCGCCGCAGCAGCCGUGCCACUAUCCGAAGUCUCGCUCCAGGCGCAAUCUGUGCUCUCACAGCUUAACGCGCACACCACCAGACUCACCAACACUCUCACCCAACUCACCGAUGACAUCCUCCGGAGUGGCAGCAGGCUAGCCUACGAGGUAGAGCUCCUGCGCGGCGAGACGCUUAGCUUGGCUGAGACUCUCACGGAGGGGUUGCAAGAGGACGUAGCCAAGUUCGUGCCUGGCGGAAUCUCCAUCCCGGAAGCACCCGCACCCGCACCUGCACCGGCAACCACUCCCGGUGGUAGCACAGAGGGGGGAGCUCAUCAACGACGUCUAUCAGUUGCCGUAGCAUCAUCACAACAACAACAACAUCAACGACCACCACAGCCGGAAACACCUGCAGAAGUGUCGGCAGCAACAGCCGAAAAGGAAGAACCCCAAGAACCCCCACACAUAACCCAGCUCCGUACCUUGACGCUUGUUCGCUCCCGACUCGACUCGGUAAUCCAAACCUUCGGUUUCGCCAUCGACUUCGUCUUCCCGCCCUCGGAAAUUUCAGCCGUCUCUUCUUUCCUAUCCGUAUCCGCGCCCGCACCUCCUGACUCUUUUGUCUCUGGCUUCGGCGGCGACCCCGACUCGGUAGCCAGUACCGAAGAAAAGGGGCAAAAGGUGUUGCAAGCGCUUCGGGACGAGAUUUCUUCCCUUUUAGAGAGUAAUCAGGAUAAGAACAACGACGAUAAUGAUCCCAUCAAGGGGAUCGAGGAAGCCGCGAAGCGGGUGAGUGAGUUGAAGGAGCUAGUGAAAGUAUGGAAGGGCACGGCGGAGGAGCGGGGGAGGUUGAAGUUUGUGGAGGGGUUGGCGAGAAUGGUGGAGGAGAGGCAUGCAGCUCUGGUGAAGGAUUUGGAGAGCGGUGGUGCUGCGAGGAAAGGGGGGAUGCGGAGGGUUGUUGGAGGAGAGGCGGAGCAGGCGUUAUCGCCAACAUCGUCACAGAUACAGACGGACAGUAAAGGGUUGAGUGGGUAUGGGCUGAUUAGUCAGUUGAAUAAGUUCAGGAAUGGGCUGUAAUAAGCCCCUUGGGAUGCCAAGGUUGAGGCGACAGUCAAGCAGGUCGCAGAACAGCACUUUGUGUGUAUAUCGUGUAGCUCUGUGUCAUGAGUAUUGUCAUGGUAGAGGACUUCUUAAUAUCAAAUACCGGGCACGAACCCCAGCCGAAGCCAUGCUAAA